CACUGUCUGGUAACAUUAGUAAAAACGACACGGAGGCAAACGACAUCAAUUAAUUUAAGUCGAAGUUUUUAUUUAAAACUAGUUAACUCAAAAUGGACAAAGUAGUUAAGUUUGCUGAACCCGGACGUGUCUUCGCCAAGGACUCGAUUCGGCUGGUAAAGCGCUGCACGAAGCCCGAUCGCAAGGAGUUCCAGAAAAUUGCCAUCGCCACCGCAAUUGGCUUCUGCAUCAUGGGCUUUAUCGGGUUCUUCGUGAAGCUGAUACACAUUCCCAUCAACAACAUUAUCGUUGGCUCCUAGGCGGCAACAGGUGGCCAAGAGACUAAGAUGAAGAAUGCAAUAAUAAUAUAAUGUAAUGAUUGCUUCCUGAUGGAACUAGAAAAAUAAAAAUUGCCAUUUUUGGAUUGUCUAAACAUA